UAGGGUUCUUGACUGAGGUAGUAUCCCAUCUUCAGUUUAUGCGAAUAUCAUGGCGCGAAUAUUGUUUGUUGAACCUUUCUUUGAUGGUUCCCACAAACAGUUGCUGGAUACAUUAAUUAAAGGCAUUGAUUUUGAAAAUACCGGUUAUGAAUUGUUUACUCUUCCUGGUAAAAAAUGGCAUUGGAGAGCUAGAACUAGUGCACUUUACUUUGCUGAAGUGAUUCCUAGGAAACAUGUUUUUGAAGUGUUGUUUGCUAGUUCAGUUCUAAACUUGGCAGAAUUAAUUGCCCUACGCCCUGAUCUUAUGACAUGCACCAAAAUUCUCUAUUUCCAUGAAAACCAGUUGAUUUAUCCAGUUAGAAAACAACAAGAGAGGGAUUUUCAAUAUGGUUAUAAUCAAAUAAUAUCAUGUAUGGUUGCUGACAAAAUUUUCUUCAACACCCUUUUCAACCUCAAUUCCUUCUUGGAUUCCAUACCUUCAUUCUUUAAACUGCAACCAGAUCACAGACCAAAAAACCUAGAAGAAUUCAUCAGGCCAAAGAGCAAAGUUUUACAUUUUCCCAUCUUAAUUCAAACACCACUUCUAGUCCACCCUUCAGCAAGGGAAAUGGAUGAGAGUGAAGUUCUUCAUAUAGUAUGGCCUCAUAGAUGGGAACACGACAAAGGUCCUGAAAAAUUCUUCUUAGUUAUUGAUGCACUUAUUGCAAAAGGCUGCAACUUCAGAUUGUCUGUUUUGGGUGAACAGUUUCAACAAAUCCCAUCUAUUUUCAGCGAGAAAAAAUCGCAAUAUCAAAAUAUGGAAAAUAAAGGAGAAAAAACCAUUCAGGUGUUGGACUGGGGAUGGGUAAAUCGUGAUCGUUAUGUAGAUGUACUAUCAUCUGCUCAUGUGGUUGUGUCCACCGCUGACCAUGAGUUUUUUGGGGUUUCAAUGAUUGAAGCUGCAAUCUUGGGUUGUUUUCCGAUGUGCCCAUUGAGAUUAUCUUAUCCAGAAAUAUUCCCCGUGGAUUGCUUGUACAGAACUGAGCUCCAGUUGAUUAAAAAGCUAAAAUACUUCUGUAAGAACCCAAACGCCUCCAGAAAUUUACAGAUGAAUCUCGAUAAAUUCAAAUGGCCAUCGCUUAAAUCUCAAUAUGAAGAAAUUCUAUUAAUUAAGAAGCAAGACAGCUCAUAUACAACAGAGUAAUAUUUCAACUGCGCAAGACAUUCACGCGCAGCUACCCAAUCGUUAUUUCGGAAUCUAUCUGCAGCUCUCCUGGCAAAUAAAUUAUGUGUAUAAAUGA